AUGUCCAAUGACUAUGGCGACGUCGACUUUCUAGUUUGUGGUCCCUACUACUCAACUGGAACCCACACAAUCGACAGCUUUCCAUGGGACACAUCGGUCGGUCGCAUCAAGGCCUUACUGGACACUGAGCAUGGCCGCCGUGGCUUUCUCACCAAAGACUGCAUGUACUUUGCCAUUCGCAGCGCAACAGGAAACCACUAUAUUCAGAUCGACGUCAAGGUCUGCUUCCGACCUGAGAUGUUCCACUGGGACCACUUCGAGCUCAAAUAUGCGAGCAAUAGCAAGAUGAUUGGCAGCAUGAUCAAGCCACUGGGACUCACUCUCGAUCCUGAAGGUCUUCAUAUUCGCGUCAAGGAGAUUGAAGAGACAAACUUCCCCGGCAGCAUGAUCUCUGUCAGCAAGAAUCCAAAGGAUGUUCUGAGGAUUAUCCGUCUGGAUCUUAGGAUCCUGGAUGACGGUUUCAAGUCCCAGGCCGAACUCUACGAGUACUUAACUAGCUCCUGGCUCUUCCACUCAGGCCACUUCGUCGCACGUCUAGCCGAGGACAGUUACGCCGAUAGACUCGAAGACCGCUCGGUCGCAUGGACGUACUUUGUCAAGGAGUGGCUUCCCCAGCGCUACCCCGAAGCUCAAGACCUCCAGGAAUGGUACAAGCGCACACGAGAUGCAGUCCGGCAGCAAGUCUUUACCAUGUUCCCGCACAUCGCAACUACAUACUACAAGAAGCUCAGCACAUGGGCGAACGAGCAAGAGGAGAAGCGACUGAAGGAAAUGAUCACACAAGCCAUCCCAUCCGGCACCGAUGGAUGGAAAGACAAUUUCCCCCAGCCAGAGAUCUUCAUCAAGCACCCAUCGCCCAUGGUAUCUGAGUUUCCACGUUCAGUUUCCGGAGACCUGACCCCGCCGUUGACACCACCGCUAAAGGCGUUGCGAUUGACAGAUACGCCCGAUGAAACCGAUGACAGCAAGACAGACAUAUAUUUCCUUUCCUCCCAAUGCUCACUCAAACCACAAGAGGUCCCUCUGUAUCUUGAGUGUCUUCUUCGAGCGGCCCCGAUGACCUGCACCCCGCGACCACCCCCCGCCGGCAUGUCACCUGAAGCCAAGCUUCGAUGCCUCGCACGCUGGACAACCUUUGACAGUGGAACCGGUGCGCCCUCGCUCACAACCGUGCCGAACGAUAGCACCACUGAGACUAGCUGGGUCGAAGCCGUUCAUUAUGGUGCUACAGAUGAUGUUCUGGUUACCUGGGCUAAGGAUAUGUGGUGGCCUAUCUGGGUACGUCAGUCAUAUGUGAACUAUGUUGGUAUGUGGAAGAGGAAGUUCGAGAAAGAGGAUAAGAAGAAGAAGGCACAGGAGCAGAAGAAGAGGGAGGAAGAGGAAAAGCUCUCAAAGACGGACUUGAUCGUGGCUGGAGAUGGAGUAGUGAAGGUUGAGGAAGUGUGCUAG